AUGGGUUCAAUGGGAGAAGUGGGUGAUGAGAUCCAACCAAGAGGCUAUUGGAGAUGGAGCAAACAAGAUUUCUUACCAGAGGAGUCAUUCAAAAACUGGGCCAGCUACCGCUCAGCGCUUUCCCAAACAUGUUUUCGGUUCAAGGACCGCCUCACAAGCAGAUCUGAAGAUGCCAUUGAGAUUGGGGAGAUGCGUAAACAAAGUGAGAAUGACAUGAAACGUUGCCUAACGUGGUGGGAUCUUACCUGGUUCGGGUUUGGCUCAGUCAUUGGAGCUGGUAUCUUUGUGCUUACUGGCCAAGAAGCUCAUGACCAUGCUGGACCAGCCAUAGUCCUGUCCUAUGUGGCUUCAGGUGUUUCAGCACUGCUCUCUGUUUUCUGCUACACGGAAUUUGCAGUAGAAAUCCCAGUAGCUGGUGGCUCAUUCGCGUACCUGAGAAUAGAAUUGGGAGACUUUGCAGCAUUCAUAACAGCUGGUAAUAUACUUCUUGAAAGUAUUGUUGGAAGUGCAGGAGUUGCCAGGGCUUGGACUUCUUACUUCACAACCCUUCUGAACCGUCCCACCAACUCAUUGAGAAUCCACACAAAUCUCACAAAGGGAUACAACCUGCUGGACCCAAUUGCUGUUGCAGUUCUGGCUAUUGCUGCAACGCUUGCUAUGAUCAGCACCAGGAAGACUUCAGUCUUCAAUUGGAUCGCAUCUGCUAUAAAUACUGUAGUGAUUUUGUUUGUUAUCAUUGCAGGGUUUGCUAAUGCUGACCCUUCAAAUUUGACACCCUUUUUGCCUUACGGGGCUAAAGGGAUCUUCCAAGCAGCUGCAAUUGUAUACUUUGCUUAUGGAGGAUUUGACAAUAUCGCCACCAUGGCUGAAGAAACAAAAAACCCAUCAAGAGAUAUACCAUUAGGAUUGCUCGGAUCAAUGUCAAUCAUCACUGUCAUAUAUUGCUUAAUGGCGCUUGCGCUCAGUAUGAUGCAGGACUACAGGGACAUUGACAGACAAGCAGCUUACUCUCUUGCAUUUCAAAGUGUGGGUAUGAAGUGGGCCAAGUACCUGGUAGCUCUGGGUGCCCUGAAGGGGAUGACCACUGUUCUUCUGGUUGGGGCACUUGGACAGGCACGAUAUGUUACUCAUAUCGCACGAGCCCACAUGAUCCCUCCAUGGUUUGCUCUGGUGCACCCAAAAACAGGAACCCCUAUAAAUGCUACACUCUUGAUUGUCAUUUCAAGUGCCCUCAUCGCUUUCUUUUCAAGCUUGGAUGUCUUGGCAAGCUUGUUAUCUGUGAGCACACUCUUCGUCUUCAUGAUGAUGGCAGUAGCACUUCUUGUGAGGAGAUACUAUGUGACAGGGGUUACUCCACGUAUCAACCUCUUGAAGCUAGUAAUUUUCUUGCUGAUAAUUGUUGCUUCCUCCAUGGGGACUUCAGCUUACUGGGGAUUGAAUCCCAAUGGUUGGGUUGGUUAUGCAAUCACCAUUCCUCUCUGGGUCCUGGGGACUGCAGGGAUCUCAGUGUUUCUGCCCCAGCAGAGGACGCCAAAGGUUUGGGGGGUUCCACUUGUUCCAUGGCUUCCAUCCUUGUCGAUUGCAACAAAUCUCUUUCUCAUGGGAUCUCUGGAGUCUAAGGCUUUCAUAAGAUUCGGUGUCUGCACCGUUUUAAUGCUGGUUUACUAUGUUUUCUUUGGUCUCCAUGCAACUUAUGAUGUGGCCCAUCAACAACAAAAGCCAGAAUCCUUGAAGUUUAAUGAUGGAGACAUGGGAAAAACAGGGCCUUGAAUCUUUGAAUUCCCUCAUCUUCCACUGUUAAAGAAUCCUUCUUCAGAAUUCUUUCUGCAUCUGUUUCAAACUAGUACACGACAAGCUCCUCAAAUUAGUGAUCUGGAGUAAUGAAGUUAUUCCAACUGUAACAGUAGUAACUGGAAAAACUCAUCUAUUUGUUACAAUGUAAUGGAAAGAGGGAUCAAUCCUAUGAAUAUUGGAAGUGAGAA